AUGUCCGAGUCUGGUCACAGCCAGCCUGGGCCCUAUGGCCUGGAGAGGCGGCGGCGGUGGAAGGAGCCUGGCGCCGGCGGCCCCCAGAACCUCUCUGGGCCUGGAGGUCGGGAGAGGGAUUACAUUGCACCAUGGGAAAGAGAGAGACGGGAUGGCAGCGAAGAGACAGGUGCCUCCAUCAUGCAGAAAACCCCCAUCAUCCUCUCCAAACCUCCGGCAGAGCGGUCAAAGCAGCCACCACCUCCAGCGGCCCCUGCUGCCCCACCUGCCCCAGCCCCUCUUGAGAAGCCCAUCGUCCUGAUGAAACCACGGGAGGAGGGCAAAGGGCCUGCAGCUGCAACAAAUGCCUCAGCCCCCGAGGGCACCACCCCCCCGCCCCCUGCAGCCCCCGUGCUACCUAAGGGGGAGAAGGAGGGGCAGAGACCCACGCAGCCUGUGUACCAGAUCCAGAACCGGGGCAUGGGCACUGCCGCGCCAGCUGUUAUGGACCCUGUCGUGGGCCAGGCCAAACUGCUGCCUCCCGAGCGCAUGAAGCACAGCAUCAAGUUGGUGGAUGACCAGAUGAACUGGUGCGACAGUGCCAUUGAGUACCUGCUGGAUCAGACUGAUGUGUUGGUGGUUGGUGUCCUGGGCCUUCAGGGGACAGGCAAGUCCAUGGUCAUGUCAUUGUUGUCAGCCAACACUCCUGAGGAGGACCAGAGGGCGUACGUUUUCCGGGCCCAGAGCGCUGAAAUGAAGGAACGAGGGGGCAACCAGACCAGUGGAAUCGACUUCUUCAUUACCCAAGAGCGGAUCGUCUUCCUGGACACUCAGCCCAUCCUGAGCCCCUCCAUCUUGGACCAUCUCAUCAACAAUGACCGCAAGCUGCCUCCAGAGUACAACCUGCCCCACACCUAUGUUGAGAUGCAGUCACUCCAGAUUGCCGCCUUCCUCUUCACCGUCUGCCACGUGGUGAUCGUCGUCCAGGACUGGUUCACAGACCUCAGUCUAUACAGGUUCCUCCAGACAGCAGAGAUGGUGAAGCCCUCCACCCCAUCCCCCAGCCAUGAGUCCAGCAGCUCCUCCGGCUCUGAUGAGGGCACCGAGUACUACCCCCACCUGGUGUUCCUACAGAACAAAGCUCGCCGGGAGGACUUCUGUCCCCGAAAGCUGCGGCAGAUGCACCUGAUGAUCGACCAGCUCAUGGCUCACUCCCACUUGCGUUACAAGGGUACUCUGUCCAUGUUACAGUGCAACAUCUUCCCCGGGCUCCCCCCGGACUUCCUGGACUCCGAGGUCAACUUGUUCCUGAUGCCCUUCAUGGACAGCGAAGCGGAGAGUGAAAACCCACCAAGAGCGGGUCCCAGCUCCAGCCCACUCUUCUCCCUGCUCCCGGGGUACCGCGGCCACCCCAGCUUCCAGUCCUUGGUGAGCAAACUCCGGAGCCAAGUGAUGUCCAUGGCCCGGCCGCAGCUGUCGCACACGAUUCUCACCGAGAAGAACUGGUUCCACUAUGCUGCCCGGAUCUGGGACGGGGUGAAAAAGUCCUCGGCCCUGGCAGAGUACAGCCGUCUGCUGGCCUGA